CCCGCCCAGGUGUGAAGCAAGCCCUUCAUGCCACCACCCUGCCCCAGAUGAUAAAACUCCACAGGUCCAGGGCCUGACUCAUACACAGCCCAGAAGCUGUCCACUAUGUCUAACAUGUUGUUUGCCUGGACUCUCCUUAGCCUCCUGGUCCUGGGCACCUCCUGCAAUUUCGUGGUGCCCCGCAGCGAGUGGGAGGCCCGGCCAUCUCAGUGCUUCCAGCGCCUGCAGCACCCCGUUCGCUAUGUGGUGAUCUCGCACACGGCAGGCAGCACCUGCAGCAGCCCGGCCUCCUGUGAGCAGCAGGCCCGCAACGUGCAGAAUUACCACAUGAGCAACCUGGGCUGGUGCGACGUGGCCUACAACUUCCUCAUUGGAGAGGAUGGUCACGUGUACGAAGGCCGAGGCUGGAACAUCAAGGGUGACCACACAGGGCCCACCUGGAACCCCAUUUCUAUUGGCAUCACCUUCAUGGGCAACUACAUGGAGCGGGUACCCCCAAAGCGGGCCCUCCGUGCCGCCUUGAAUCUUCUGGAAUAUGGGGUGGCUCAGGGCUUCCUGAGAUCCAACUAUGAGGUCAAAGGACACCGAGAUGUGCAGAGCACACUCUCCCCAGGCGACCAGCUCUAUGAAGUCAUCCAACACUGGAAGAACUACCGCGAGUAAGGCCGGUGGAGCCGCCACUCUGGAAUCCCUCCUGCCACCUGCUCCCCACCCCUCUGUCCUCACAGUGACCCCACCAAUAAAGAAAUAGCAUCAGCCAUG